AUGAUGUAUGAAGAUGACAACAUAACUUGUACUCCAAAGCGUUGCGUGCUUACUGAAGUUACAAAUUCAACCAACUAUGUGUCACCAACUGCUAACCUCAAGUUAUUGACAAAUGUUGCGUUGCAAUAUCCCACACCGCCGCCGAGUGCAGUUCACCGAAAAGAAAAGUCCCUCCAGAUAUUAUGUGACAGAUUCCUCAAUCUGUAUCCUCUUCAUGGCGAUGGCCCAGUGGAAAUACAACUGGAUAGCACUGCAGCCCGGCUAGGUGUGGAGAAACGUCGAAUGUAUGACAUAAUAAAUAUACUCGAAGCCAUGCAGUGUGCUGUGCACAAAAGAAAGAAUACUUAUUUGUGGCAUGGAGGAUCCCGGUUAAAUUCUUUUCUAAAGAUGUUGAAAAAGCAGGGUGAGCACCUCAAGCUGUCAGAAGCACUGCGUGGUAAAGCCCCUAAGCCCCCAACACCAAAACAUAAGACUUUAGGAGUGUUAGCUCAGAGAUUUCUUAUGCUGUUUCUAGUAGAGCCUCCAAAUACUCUUAUCAACCUGGAGAUGGCUGUGCGGGUAUUGAUAGACACCUCUAGCAAGAGUAAGACAAUCCUCACUCCUGAGCAGCAGGAUCGCCAACACAAGUCCAAAGUGAGGAGACUCUAUGACAUUGCCAAUGUAUUCAUAUCAAUUGGUCUCAUUGAAAAAGUAUCAGGUAACUUAAUAUUAAAAAAGCCAGUUUUUAAGUAUGUGGGCCCACACAAGAUGAAGAAAUGUGAUAAGACAUUAUUGACAACUCCAUCCCCUAUCACACCACUGUCAUUGCUGGACAGUGAGCAGAGGACCACAGCUUGCCAUGUGUUUGCUGGAAAGUCUAAAAGGAAACUGGAGUUCACCACUCCAACUUCCACCAAAGAACUGAAGCUUGGUAUCACAACCCCACCUCAUACACCGUCACACAAGUGGGAUGAGAUCCUGCUAGUAGCUGACAUGGAACUGACUAGAAUUAACAAAGGAGUAGUCCUGUGA